CGAAGCCACCAAGAAGCCGACGCCCUGCAAGCGCUGCCGGGAGCUGGUGGACAAGUUCAACCAGGGAAUGGUGGACACAGCAAAGAAGAACUUUGGCGGUGGAAACACAGCUUGGGAGGAAAAGACACUGUCCAAGUACGAGUUCAGCGAGGUCCGCCUCCUGGAGAUCGUGGAGGGCCUGUGUGGGAGCAGCGACUUCGAGUGCAACCAGCUGGUGGAGGAGCAUGAGGAGCAUCUGGAGGCCUGGUGGCUGCAGCUGAAGAAGAAGUAUCCUGACUUAUUUGAAUGGUUUUGUGUGAAAACACUGAAAGUUUGUUGUUCUCCAGGAACUUACGGGCCGAACUGCCUGGCAUGCCAAGGAGGGUCCGAGCGGCCCUGCAGUGGGAAUGGCCUCUGCAGUGGAGACGGCAGCAGACAGGGGGACGGGACCUGCCAGUGCCACCUGGGCUACCAGGGGCCACUGUGCACCGACUGCACAGCCGGGUACUUCAGCGCACUGAGGAACGCCACCCACAGCGUCUGCACAGCCUGUGACGAGUCGUGCAAGACGUGCACAGGCCCCACCAGCAGAGACUGCAGCCAGUGCGAGGCGGGCUGGGUGCAGGAGGACGGUGCCUGCGUGGACGUGGACGAGUGCGCGGCGGAGACGCCCCCCUGCGGCGACACGCAGUACUGCGAGAACGUCAGCGGCUCGUUCGUGUGCGAAGAGUGUGACCCCACCUGCGUGGGCUGCACGGGGAAGGGCCCCGGACACUGCAAAGAGUGCGUCCCCGGCUACGCUAAAGAGAGCGGCCAGUGCACAGACGUGGACGAGUGUGCGCACGCAGGGGGCGUCUGUCCCAGGAGGAAUGAGAACUGCUACAACACGCCCGGGAGCUUCGUCUGUGUGUGUCCCGAGGGCUUCGAGGAGGCCGAGGACGCCUGCAUGCAGCCGCGGCCCGCAAGGGAUGAAGCCACAGAAGAAAACCCCGCACCGCCGCCCUCCCGCGAAGACUUAUGACGCGCGCCCCGUGCAGGAAGCCGCACCUGCGCUCCGAGUUAUCAGACCGGUGCCCGACGGGCGGCCGCGGCGGCCCUGCACCCGGGGAACGGUCGGGCGGACGCUGCCGUUGAAGUGGUUGGUGCCUGUCUGGCCCUUUAAAAAUCUGCGUUCCUGGGUGAUUCUUCAAGAGAUUCGUAUAUUUUGAUACUGUUCUUUAUAAUAAAAUUGGCCGUUGCAGGUAGUCAGAACCA